AAUGAGUGAAAGCAGGUAAUUUAAUUAUUUACGUACUGAUCUUGAACCGUUGCCCUCCCUACACACCUCUCUAUUUCCAUUUCAAAUUUUGAGUGUUAUGAACAAUCAGCCAGUGAUAGUAUAACUUGAUAGUUGACGGUCUCAACAAUCUCAUAGCUCUAUAAGGAACUCAUUCGCUUAUACUCAAGAUAGAUAGACGUCCAAAUAACAUAAAACACCUGGAACUACACCUAACACAACGUUAGAGAUCCAAGAAACCAACUGAUUCUUACUACUCAAAAUGUUAUUCUAUAUUGAGUAUUGAAAGUAGCAACAUUGCGAAGCUGAGGGUUACUCUUCUGGUCAAGGACGGGUAUUCGUCUUCUGUACUGGGCUGUCGAAAAUGUCACACAAUCCCGCUCCUACUCCAGCUACAAUUGAAAAUUCCGCUUUAGAUUCUGUUGAAGCAGCUAAAGCUAAACAGAAUUCUUUACGUGAACGUUUAGCUGCAAGACGUCAACUUUUAGCUUCCGUUACUCAUUCUACUAAAACUUCUUCCGCUGCCUUACUUACAAAUAAUAGCAGCACUGGAUUUGGUUCAAUUAACAAACCUUUUAAUGUUAACCAAUCAACUGUUUCUGUUAUCGAGAAUGCAUUGAAAAGGAAACUCAGUGAUAAUAAUAUAACGAGUGUGUCGUCUGAUACACUUUCAGUCUAUUCUCAAUCGAAUAUAACUUCUUUAUCAGGAUUGUUGAAUCCAUCCUCCAAUAACUGUGAUCAUAUUGGAAAAUGUUCAUGUGACAAAUCGCAAAAUGCAUCCAAUGUCGAUGUGAAACAAUCAGAUCACAGUUAUAAUUCACUCGAUAAAUCAUCUGAUGUCGAAAAAUCAACCCCUAAACAGUCAAGUAUUCAACAAUCGAAAACAUCAGAAGCAAUACCUAUAGACUGUGAACAAAAACCCAAUUUUUCCAAUAUCAAAAGACAAUGUGAAAAUAAUGAAUCAAUAUCCGAUAGAAAUAAACGUCUAAUUAAUGAUAAAUGUAAUCAUCAUCAAUCUACUAUAAAAGAAACUAAUCAUGAAAUAGAAUUUGAUUUAGAAAAUCUGUUAGGUGCUGAAACAACACGUGAAAAAGAAAGUAAACGAAUACGUGAAGAAGUUAUGGAAUUAUUAAAUAGACAAUCGACCAAAGAAAGAUUCCUAACCGAACGUUUUCGAACCCAAGGAGGCAGUCAAGUACAACAGUUUUGUUCUUAUGGUACCCGUACUGAAUGCUCAAAAGUUAAAGCACGAACCGGUGAUAAGAAACGGUGUACUAAGCUUCAUUUCCGUAAAAUUAUACAUCCACAUACGGAUGAAUCUCUUGGAGACUGUUCAUUCUUGAAUACUUGUUUUCAUGUUGACACGUGUAAAUAUGUUCAUUAUACAAUAGAUUAUACAGAUAGUGUUAAUCAACAAUUGAAUGGUGGUGUUGCUAAUCGGAAUGUGUUAAAUAAUAAGAAAAAUCGUCAAACUGAUAAUAGUUCUACAACAAAUAUAGUUUCGUCUUCGUCAUCAUCAGUAUCAUCGUCACAAAUCAACACAUCUUCAAUAAAUUCAAUUGAUGACGGUGUUAGUGGUGGUGGUGCUGUGAAAGACAAUGGAACAUCACUAAUUUUGUAUCCACCUCAGUGGAUUAACUGUGAUAUACGACUGAUAAAUAUGUCAAUCCUUGGAAAAUUUGCUGUGAUUAUGGCCGAUCCACCAUGGGAUAUACACAUGGAACUGCCGUAUGGAACAAUGUCAGACGAUGAGAUGAGACGAUUAGAUAUACCUUGUUUACAAGAUGAUGGGUAUAUAUUCCUAUGGGUAACAGGAAGAGCUAUGGAACUUGGUCGAGAAUGCUUACGGUUAUGGGGUUACGAACGCGUGGAUGAGGUUAUAUGGGUUAAAACUAACCAAUUGCAACGUUUAAUUCGUACAGGACGUACAGGACACUGGUUAAAUCAUGGCAAAGAGCAUUGUCUAGUUGGUGUAAAAGGCAACCCAAAAGUAAGUUGAAAAUAAUUCUUAUCAGUUACUCUUUAUUCUAUAAGAAUGACCACUACUGGUCGGCGUCAACACUCAGACUAGCGAUAGGGAAUGAAGUAGUUCAGUGGGUCAACCACUUGUCUUGGAAGUCUCAUCAUUCCUGGUGGGUUGGCAUCUGAUAAACUUUCGGCACGGAUUCGGUAAGUUCGAUUGGUUUUUGCUAAUUUACAUCACUGCGCAACAGUACCUCUCUGUUCUAUAUCACGACAGCCAAAUGUGACCUUUAAGAAUUGAGGAUAUUCAUAGACCAUUAGUAUUCGAUCAUAGAUCCGUUUAAAGCACUGCUCUCAUAUGCUGGAACCACCGAGUGAGCAGUGGUUAAGCCAGACAUAGGACAUUAGGUACAUUAUUUAUUUAAACACAUAAAUAUUGGUACAAGGAAGCACCAGAUAAAUAUGCGCCUCACAAAUCUCAUUCGAUUUGUGUGAGGGCUGUGAUACUGCUCAGGUGCCCAGACUGAAGCAGGUGGUUUUCUUAGGGGGCCACACCCGGAGCCUUUGAUCUAAAGGUCUGAUCAACAAGGCAGUGGAGCAUCGUAAGGAGAUGCAGUCCCAUGGUAGCCGGUGACCAACAGUUGGUUCAUACGCCAUUCGUUCCUUCAGGAUACUGAAGCCCAUGUGCACCAUUGGUUUGGAAUCAGGGUUUUCCAACUCCCCUAGGUGGAUCCUCCACAUCCACCAACCCGGUUAAAGCGCCAGACAUUUGCUUUUCGUCCUCUCACUUUUGUGAACAACACCCCCGCCACGAGAAGGCAGUGAGUAGGACUUCCCUGGCAGAGGCUAUAUACUCGCGUAGCCAUAUGAGAGCAUUUGGAGAGGGAGAGCGGACUCUCCGCCGUACCAGGGCAUUUGGGGGCUGGACAUUAGGUGAAAAUCACAAAUCGACUGAGGUGGCUGGGGCGUGUAUUACGUAUGCCUAAUCACCGCAUACUUUGACACGUGAUAUUUGGUAUUGUGGUAGGUUAGGAGAAAUCAAGGGCGGGCGGACUAGAACAUAUCUGUCUAUUAGUGCAUUGACUGUUAACUGCAUAUCACCUAUUUGGGGUCCGCAUAGUCAUCCCAACCGACCGUUAGAGAUAAUGAGUAACAUGUAUUAGAAUCGGUCGCAGGUGCAUUCACUAUUUGUCUGCCCUUAGAUACUGAGUUUCUAUUUUGUCUUAUGCAUUUUAUACACAAAUGGGUUCUUCUUGAAUCAUAUGUCUAUGAUUGAUCUUAUCUAUUACUACCGUUACCAUUUCUACUAUUCUCCCGUUUGUGUUGAUAAUUUCGUCUCGUUGCAUGAACCAAUUCACAUGUGUAAUAGGUUUAUGUUACGUGUAACUAAAUGUUUACUUUUGGGGACGAUUUAAAUUAUAUUCUUAUGCUGACAUUUGUAUCUUAAGGGUGUAAAUCGAGGUCUCGAUUGUGAUAUAAUUGUCUCUGAAGUUCGUGAAACUAGUCAUAAACCUGAUGAAAUCUACGGUAUUAUUGAACGAUUAUCUCCUGGUACACGCAAGCUCGAAUUAUUCGGACGUCCUCAUAACUUACAGCCUAACUGGAUCACACUUGGAAAUCAACUGGACGGAACUUAUUUGGUUGAUCCAGCAGUUGUUGAACGAUUUAAAAAACAUUAUCCAAAUGGUUUGGAUAUUAAAGUCAAAUAAAAACCAGACUGUCAUGUAUUCAUAUUGAUUUAUACAUACAUAUGUACAUUCUAUUUAUAAACUCACUGUAAAUAUUGUAAAAAUAUAAAGAAUAUUACUGUAAAGAAGUUUUCUAAUACAAAGAAUGUCAUUUGUUC